CAGAGAUUGUGAUCUAUGAGAACGAGGAACUAACAACAUGUCUGGAAAAAUUGGACCUGGACAACUACGAUAAUUGUCAAGAGUUAAAGAGUCCAUUCAAGAAGAAACACAGGCUGGUGCUAAUACGAAACCCCAAGAGCGGUAACAAGGUAAUAAUGAAAAUUUCAGCACAGUACCAAGUCAAAUACAUCAGACUGCCAUUCCCUUUGUAUGUGAUAUAAAGAGUGGCUCUCAUCGGGGUGACAAUGCAAUACACAGUUGGUGAUGGCAGGCUAGCAGUCAUGACAUCACAAGUUCAAUAUGGCACACACUAGAGGCACACUGGGUCAUUGUGCUGAGCGUAAUGAAUAAGAAACAUAUCUGAGCAGACACAUGACCAAUGAUGAGCCUCCAAAUUACUCAUGCCUCAUGCUCUCUGUCACUUCGCUGGUUUCAAGGUGGGUUUUUUUAAACAAUGGCAUUGCAUGUGGAAAAUAGCUAAAUACUGCUACUUUUUGUGCUGGGUGUCAUAACCAAUAUCACAACACUUUUAAGAUAAAAUCUAAGAUAAAAAACAAUAAACAUUGUGUUAUACAUGACAUAACAAGGAUGUUUAAGCUUGUGCAGGGCAUUACUUCCUGUCCUAGUGUUUAUCAUUGCAAAAGCUAAGGGCAAGAAAUCCUGUAUGACUAUGCAAAUACUUGCGGUAGCUAUAUCAAAACAGCCACAAGCCAGCAUUUUUUUGCUUUCUAGUGAAAAGUGGAAUUUUUUUCAUAGGCCACAACUUAACUCUGAAUAUACAGUAUUCACAGAGUGCAGAAAUGUAGAUGCUAGGGAUGUUUCUGUAUAGGAAAUGUGUCUGGUACCAAUAAUUAUUUUUAUUAAGGCAGAUAACCUAUAUGAUGGCCGAUAUUAUAAAAGUAUACUCUUUUGUCUGUUGUUUAAACAACAGUGAUCAAUAAAGCUUCAAUUUAGAUUUUUUCAUGCCUCACGACGUCAAAAUGUCUGUAUGUUUUCUUGAAAAGAUGGAUAACUGUUUAGUACUUUUGUUUCCUGUGACAGAAAAAGAGUAUGCAGUUCAAACUGAAAGAAAUAAUCACAGCUGAUUUUAUUUCCUUCCGAUAUUGGCCAAUUCAGACCUAAUUAAAAAAAAUACUAAUAUUGGCCAAUACCAAUAUAGUCACAGAUAUAACGUGCAUCCCUGUUAUACAUUAAAAUUUAAAAAGGACAUUAACUUGUUUUACAUUAACCAUUUCAUAUCCAGUCUAAUAAGCAAGAAGCAGGAUGAGAUUUUGUAUUUUUAUCUUAAAAAUAAAUGGGGAGACGGGGACUAGUUGUCAUAUGGGCUAUAUCUCAGUAACUAUUAGCUUUUAAGGUAUAACCCAGUGGGCAACUGAUGUUGAAAAGACAUCAAUACUGAUGUCAAAAAAACAGGUCAAAUAUGCAAAUCAAACUGACAUCAAAAACAAAGUUACCUGUGCCUUUAAGCAGCUUGGAAAAUUCCAGAAAAUGUCAAGCCUUUAGGCAAUUAGCCUAAUAAACGAAUAAAUGUGGCAUUUUUCACAUUUUUCUACUUUCAAUAUUAAAUCGAAAAACGAAUGAGUUGUUUUGGUCUGUGUAUGUUGUGUUCAUUCGUUUUUUGAUUUAAUAUUUAAAGUAGAAAAAUGUUUUUUGACAUCAAUGUUGAUGUCUUUUCAACAUCAAUUGCCCAAUGGGAAGUCCAAUUAAACAAAUGUGUUUUCUCUGGCAAUGGUUUUUGUACUUUAUGUUGGUCUUAAACAUCUAACCAAAACUCUUGUAAAUUGUUAUGAAUUCUAUCCUCUGAAUUACAGUCUAGUCAUGUUGAUAUGGCAACUAGAGGUAGACCAAUAUAUCGGUUUUACCGAUUAAUCGGUACCGAUUGUUGCUUUUUGGAACUAUCUGUUAUUGGAUAAAAUAAAUAUGCGCUGAUAGUUGCUGAUAUUUUAUUUACAUUUUUCACUCUACAUUUUUUUUUACGAGUUAAUACUCGUUAAUCAAUUAACGUUUAAAAAAAAAAAUUUAUGUAGCAUUUUUACAGUCUUUUACUGGUAAAAUUACAGACAUUUUUUACAGUGUAGGGAUGUGCGAGACUAGUCGACUAGUCAGCUAAACGGUUCUGAUGCUGCUAGUCGACACUGGAAUUACUAGUCUGUUAAUAUUUUUCCCAAUUAAACUGUUCUACAUUUUUACACAUUUAUGCUUGGCUUUAUAUUUUACAGAGGCUGCACUUAAAUUACUGUCAUAUUAAUUUUACACAUUUUAAAUAUAAUUAUUAAUACAAAUAUUAUUUAAAAAAGAGGAUAUCUGGAGCAGAUACAAAGUUUCAUUUCACCUCAGGCAGCACGUGCUUCCCUCUCUCACUCGCAGGAAAAUGUCCUCUCGCUAGACAAGCAAACUCAACAAAGUUAUUAUGAAAUCACUUCGGUGGUGGUGCGGGAAGUGAAUGGCUUGAAAGUCUGAUGUCUUCUAUAAAUCUGUGCGUGCUUGUAAGUUAUUUUCCCGCUGAGCGGGUCUUUUCAAGCGCAGGAUAGCCGAAUCAGGUGAGUCAAGUCCCGUAUUUCAACGGACCAUGUCGACAUAUUAAUUUUACUCAUCAAAAAAUUUAUGCUUUUAAUUAAGUAGUCUAAAAAAUGACUGUUUUAGGCAAGGAAUGCCAUUUUUUAAUCUGCUGAUUACGAGGCUAUUUUCAACGAGGUGCCGACUGCUUAACAGGUUAAACUAUCUUUUAUUCUGUGUGCAUGUCAUGUUUAGAAAACAUUAGGUUUAUUGUAGGCUACAUCACAGGCCUAUUUUUUCUAUCCAAUAGCUUUUUUUAUUUAUUUUUUAAAAUCGUAACUGUUAUUGAUUCUUUACCGAACAGCUGUCAUAUUAGAUCAAUGGCUAAUGCACGACUGCACAUAGUGAAAUACGUACAAAUUUUCAGCGCAUUACCUGUUCAUUAUUUUCAACAAUGUUCCGACUGUUUUUAAUAUGUUAAGUAACUUUUACUUGGUAAAUUCCAUUUAGAACAUGCUAUUAGGUUUGCGCUAUUGCUCCUGCACUAUUCCUUUAAUUGUUUUCAAUAAAUAAACCUCUUGAAUGCGUGUCAUGUUCUGUAUUUAAUGUACAACAAUGAAAAUGCAAGGCGAGCACGUCGUAGAUAAAUGUCCCUUUUCAGCGGAAUUUAGCGUCAGAUUUGGAAUAGAUUAAGGAUUUUAAAUGGGUCGCAUAAACACAGUUUUCUUAAGAUGGGUUACUUUUUAGACUAGUCGACUCCACAAUUUUCAUUUAAAUAUCAGUGAAAUUAGUCGUUCCGCAUAUCCCUAGUAAGUACAUAUAGAGCAUUUUAACCAAGCCAAAUCUUUGUUAUUUCAAAAUAAGAGUCCCCGGUGUAUUUCGGGCUUGUUUUAAGUAAAAAGUCCCGCAUUAUGCACCAAAAUUUCUUAGGUUUAUUAAAUGAAAUAAUCAACCGCUCUUGGCUCUUUACACAUUUAUAGCUCUUUCUAUAUAUCCUACAUACAUCCUAUAUACAUUACCCUGGAAAAUAAUUAGCCUUGGCAAGAGUGCAUUUAUGAGCCUAUUGCUACUGAUAUUUGAAACUAAGUGUACCUAAGUACAGUAUCUAAGUAAAAAUACUGCCUACCAAUUUUAAUAGAAUAAAGACACUCUGAAGUGAAUAUGAUGUUUUUUUUUAGAUCAGUUUCACUUUGAGAUUGUACACAGCCGGAUUGUAUUACUAUUGGCCUUACUGUUUUUUGCUGACAAAUAAAAGUUGCCAUAAAGGGUAAAUGAUGACUUCAUCUGAAGGGGAGUGUAUUGCACAUGAAAUGUCAUAAACUUUGAACACACACACACAGGAUGUGUCAUGGUAGGCUACUCAAUGAGCUCAGAUCAAUUACAAACUUGCUAACUAUUCUUUAAAUGUGUGUAUAAUUCUUUUGAAUUGCUUUUGUCUACUAUAAACUAUAGCACUGAAUUGAGCGAUUCUUGGAGGUAAGGAAAAGUCUUAAGAAGUGUGGAAGAUACCUAACUGGCGAAAUAUGCAUUAUUACUAACAGAUGACGAGACCGAAGCAUUGGUGAACUGCAAAGAGCUGAGCAGAUGUCAAGAGACUUCUCUAAAAGAGAAAAUGUGUGCCAUCGUGUGCGUAAAGUGCAGCCAGACCAGCAUGUCACUUUUCCCCCUAAAUACUGUCCAAGAUGUCAAAUUUCAGGCUCAAACUCCUGAAGAGAAAGAAGCGUGGAUCAAGGCACUCAGUGAAGGCAUCAACAAGGCAAAGAAUAAAAUUUUAGAUCAGGUAAAAGUGGAUGGAAGCUGCUCUUUAGAACAUGUUACGCUCUCUCGGCCAAAAAGGAACCGUGGAAGAAGACCACCAACCAGGAUACACAUGAAGGAGGCUGCAAAUAUUUCAAGUGAUGGAAUUUUGAGACUGGACCUUGAAGGUGAUGUUACCAUUCAGAAUGAAACUCACACUCUUAAUACAGAAGGGGAUAAACAAACUGAAACUUUGAAGUCACCUGUGACUUUGAAUGACAUUGCUGAAGAGGACAACAAUGAAGAUUCCACACCCCAGAAGAAAAUUAUAAAGCCACCCAUGCUGCCAUUGAAAGACAAUAAACCCAGUGACAGUCAUAAAGAGGAUGAACCCAUCAAUGAGGAACCUAUACCCCAAAAGAAGAUUCUUAUGCCCUCGAUGCCCCCAUCAAAGGAGAAUAAACCCAAUGUCUCUGUUGAUGGAAAUGCUGUUGGAGAGAUUUCCUCAGAUGAAGAGAACGCUGACAUCUCCGAACCGACACCAUCCAUCAAGAACAUCCAGCCCCCAGCACCUCCAUCCAAACAUAUGAAGCCAAGUCAAAUGGUCAUACCGGCCACAGUCACAACAGAAGGAAAAGAAACUCAAGAGAAGGAUGAAGAGGUUGACGGUAAUGAUACUGAGGUGGAUUCAGCUUCGGACACUCAGAAGAGAAAUGAGAAAGAAGACCAAGUGAAAACCGAAGAGGUAGAGACAUUUACUCUAUCCAGUAAGCUUAUAAAGCCACAAGUAGUGAUGUGGGAUUCUCCCACUAUAGCAUCAAAAGAACCUCCGGUUGAACAAGAAGGGCAAAACUCAAAGAAAGCAUCAGACACCACUGGAGAAGUUACAACCUUGAUAGAACCUCACCAGCUUAAUGUGACACCAGUUUCAACCCCUGAAGCAGUAAAAAAGAGUCCUGGACCCCUUGCUCCACCCAAGAAGAAGCCCUUGAAGCCACCUGUCAAAAAGGAGGACACUCCUCCGCAAAGUGAACCCAUGGUCAUUACCAACACAUCCACUUCGUCUUCGGAAAGGGUCUUGGAGCAGUCUUUAGAGAAAGAUGACAUCAAACUGACAAAUCCAGAAUCCAAAACUGAGCCAGGUGGCGAUAUGUUAAGUGAAGAGGUAGAGAAGAAGUCUUUAGACAGUGGUCAGCACUCAGGUGAAGAGUCUGAGAGUGGUGAUCAAGUUACGCCAUCCACCGCAAAGCUGAAAGGUAGUUCCCAGGGUCUUGAUGGGGAGACAAGUGAAGAUGAUCUAGAACCAUCCGAUAGCAAAGCCGAGAGUUUGGAGGAGCCAUCCAUAGAAACCCCCACCACCGCCCCAGAGAAUUCAGUUCUCAACACGCAUCCAACACCAAGCCAAUGUGCUAACAAGUCCUUGCACCUAACUAUGCCUCUCAAGCAUUCCUCCAAGGCUCGCUCCGCAUCCCUGGGAGACCUCCCUGCCAAAAACACAGAGAAAAUGGAAGGCAAGGUGAAAGAGAUACCAAUUAAACCACAUGGAAGUGAUGUGAAGGACUUGCCAAGUAAAAUGUCUUUUGAGAUCGAAGAGACAGAAGAGUUGCUGAACGCAAUUGCAACUGGAAAGAGUAUGGAAUUUAAGGGCGGAGCAGGUCCAGAGAUCUUGCUCACUGCGGCAAUGGUGAAGCUCAGGAAAGCGGACCAGUUCUUAAGAGAAGCCAGAAAUUGUAAAGAUCAUAACAAAAGCAACAGAUUAAGUUGGUAAUGGUAAGUACUGGUGGAUGGAACCUGUAAGGACAACAUAAGCUUUUAUGUUGAAAAUUCAAUAUAUGCAAAUUAUCAAAUGUAAUUCUUUUCCCCAGCCCAAUGAAUUUGUUAAGGUCUGACCACCUUUUUAAACUUUGCCAGCUAAAAUACUUUACAGUUUUGCUUAUGUAGCUAUAAGUAGUUAAGAUGCUAGUCCUUAACUAGCCUAAUCAGUAAGACUUCAUUGGUCAACCACCUUCAGCUAAGUUUUGCUGGUGAACAGGAUGGCUAUGCUGGUCCACCAGCUGAACCACAACCAAACCAGCAUUAACCAGCCCUUACAGCAUAGUCAAAGCUGGUCUUUUCAAUGUGGGAUCCUCUUGACCAGUUCUUUGAGCUAAAUUUGAUCAUGGUACCAUUUAUUUUGUGGUACCAGCUAAUUUGCAAUGUGGUUUUACCUUGCUUCGGUCGACCAAUUCCUCUUAAUGAUCUAAAAGAUUUCUUAAUAUUUGUUAUUCUAUGAAUUUCAUCUUGUAGUUAGUUAUAUUGUGCACUUCAAUAGAGUGCAACAGUCAGGUUCCUGAAGUAAAAAUCCCAUUAUUUUCUCCAUAGGCAAAUUUAUUUUCAUCGAUAACUCAUAAACCUUUAAAGACAGACCUACUGUAAGCUUGGAGGUUGUUAAUUGAAAGUAUAUGCUUCUGUUGGAGCCAUCACUCCAUGUUAUUUCAACUUCUUUUAUAAAAAAUUGUGUUUAAUUGCAGAAAUUGCUGGUAAUUAACUACACUACCCAUGAUUCUGAAGAGAAAGAUCCAUCAAUAAGAAAAUCAUGGCCAGUAAAGCGUGCCAAAAGAGCUCCCAUGAAAGACUGCAUAUGACACAAUCUUAUAUCUGGAUGUUUUACAACAAACUUAAAAUGUUUUGUUUCUAUACUUUUAAUCAACAACUUUAAAUCAAUAGUUUUAUAUUUUCUACCGAUUACGGUAAUUGCAGUAAUUAUGUUAAUUCGAUUAUGUCAUGCGCACUGCUUCACGGAACUGUAGUUUAUCCCCUCAUGAAAGACGAUAAGUACAAAGUAUUAUACCUUUGUCUUAUUUUCAAACACAAUUUUGCUUUAAAUCAAAGUUUGUAAUAUUGUGAUUCACCUCGGAGCUGGUUGGUUUGUUUCAUGGCUUAGAACUCUUCAUGAAGUACUUUAUGAAAUCCCUCUGGAAAAAAUGAAUGGGAAAAAUACUUCCAGAACCAAGAUGGCUGAAAAAGUGAGCGAGCACUGUUGCGCUUUAUAGGCAGUAUUACUGUAGAUGUUAAAAUGGAUCACCUCUGUCACAGACUAAUUGCCCCCACAAAUUAAAUAUGCACAUAACCACUAUUAGGAUUUUUUGCUUAGUUAGUAUACAUUAGCUUUUAUGCUCAUAGAGGUUUGUUGUGCGGCGUAUGUUGUAUGUUGAAUUUUGCACUGUAACUCCUGUAUAAAAAGAGGGGGUUCAAAAUGCUGCUGUUGUUACCAGCAGACAGCUGCUGAGUUAGCAAACUUAAAAUGAGUGAAAAUAAGAAAUUGCAGGGGAGAAAUGACUCAGUGCUCUAAGAAGUUUUAUUUUGAUUCAGAAGCCCUACUAUCUCACAGAAAUGCUUUCUUAAAGGAAGAUUACGGGUUCAAUACAAGUUAAGCUCAAUUGCCAGCAUUUAUAGCAUAAUAUUGAUUACCACAAAAAUGAAAGUUAACUUGUCCCUCCUUUUCUUUUAAAAAAAAAAAAAAAAAAAAAAAGAAGACACAAAAAUCUGGGUUCCAGUGAGGCACUUACAAUGGAAGUGAAUGGGGGCCAAGUUUUGAACGUUAAAAUACUCACUUUUUCAAAAGUAUAGCCACAAGACAUAAAUGGUAUGCAUGUAAACAUGAUUUUAGUGUGAUAAAAUCACUUACUAACCUUUUCUGUGUAAAGUUAUAGCCAAUUUUACAACUUUGUUGCCAUGACGAUGUAAUGUCUACAAACCCUAAAAUGACUGUAAAAAUGAUCAUUUAAAAACUUAACAGCUCAAAUAAUACGAGUUUUAACAGAAGAAUUAAUGUAAGUGCUUUUAUAAAAUUAUAAGCUUCAUAUUUCUGCCUUUAAACCCUCCAAACAUUGGCCCCAUUUUGCUUUUUUAAAAAGAGGGACAAGUUGAAAUAAAUGUUUGUGGUAAUCAACAUUAUGCCACAAAUGCUGUCGAUUUGAGUUUAACUUGUAUUAAACCUGGAUUUUCCUUUAAGCUUUAAAUUGUCACAGUUUAAAACUAGACAACCAGCAUAAUGAUUAACAGUGAAAUAGUAAAAUAGGUGCAUUUCUGUUAGGGUUAGUACAAGCCUUAGUGUACAAUUAGUAUUCCAUUUUGUGUUAUGAUGAGGUCCAUUCUGUCUGAUUCUCACAAUAUGAUUUGAAUUGAACUUAAAAUAAUUCUAAAUGUAUAGAGCUUACAGUAUGAUGUCAUAGUAAAAGGGAAUGACAAUGGUAUUUUUAAGCAAUAAGCAAAACAUUCCAUAAUCUAAUGACUACCUAUUCUAAAAAAAAUAUCCACAUUUUGAUUUAAAAUGUAAAAAAAUAGGAGCACAGCCUGUUUUACACAUCUUCCAUCUGUUGGUUACAGGUUACAGUGUUUCUACUGAACGUGUAAUCUGCGUGGUACUUUGUCGCAAAAGUGACUACAGUUUAAGUUGUUAGUAGUCUUCACUUUAGAGGUUGGGCUCCAUGUAAAUGAAUUGUAAACACUUUACAGUAAGGUUCUGUUUGUUAAAAUAAGUACUGUAAAUGCAUUAAGUAUCAUGAUUGUAUCGUAAAUGUGAUCCUCAUGAAAAUUAGAAUUAAUGAUGAUCAAGUAUGUAAUAGUUCUGUUAUCAUUCAUGACCACUAUCAAAGGAAAUACUCAAUGUGGGAACGCAGAAAUUACUUUAUUGUCCAUAUAAAGCCACAGCUCUUUCUGUGUGAAAGCUCAAUGCGCACCCACUUCAGCUACGCUCACGUUCUGCAGAUGCAAAAUGUGUGAAACAGGCCAGUGCUGUAACGCUGUGUUGAAGCUACUUUACCCAACUUCAUUAUCUGCCCUCAUCGCUGUAAAGUGGUUGCACUUCAUAACACACACACACACACACACACAUAAUAGUGAAAGCAGUGUUAGUUAAUAGUCUCAUGUUCUUGGAAAUACAGAAGCAGUGGGCACAGAGGUUCCCUGUUCACACACUUUAUUAAUAAUGUACAGAAACUAGCUUCCUCCUGCCUGGCCUAUAUUACUUUGAGUUCCAUUAUAUAGAGAAAAGUAGAUAUUAUUGCAAUAUACUGUGUGUGUGUGUGUGUGUGUGUGUGUGUGUGUGUGUGUGUGUGUGUGUGUGUGUAUGCUUUUGUGAAACAUCUUAUGUGCCUAAGAAUUUUGCACAGUACCGAAUAUAUAUAUAUGUGUGUGUGUGUGUGUGUGUGUGUGUGUGUGUGUGUGUGUGUGUGUGUGUGUGUGUGUGUGUGUGUGUGUGUAUAUAUAUAUAUAUUCGGUACUGUGCAAAAUUGUUAGGCACAUAAGAUGUUUCACAAAAGCAUUUGUCUUAAGCUGGUUAUUUAUAUUUUCAGCUUUAGUGUGUCAGCAGGAAAUAUAAAUGUUAGACUCACAAACAUUACUUUUGCAAAUAGAAAAGAUUAGAAUAGAAGAACAGGGAGCCCUGCAACAGAUGUCAUGGCCCCCACAAAGCCCCCAACUGAACAUUGUGUCAGGCUGAGAUUACAUAAAGAGACAGAAGCAAUUGAGAACAACCUAAAUAGAUAGAAGAACUGUGGUGAAUUCUCCAAGAAGCUUGGAACAUCCUAUCUGCCAACAACCAAGAUAAACUGUGCCCAGGUGUACCUAGGAGAACUGGUGAUGUUUUAAAUGCAAUGGUGGUCACACCGAAUAUUAAUUUAGCUUUUUUAUGUUUACUGGACUUUGUAUGACAUUAAGUGAUAAAUGAAAACUAUUUAUGUCAUUAUUUUUGAAGACAUCCUCACUAUGCAACAUUUUUCACAAGUGCCUAAAACUUUUGCACAGUAUUGUGUAUAUAUACACUACUGGUCAAAAGUUUUGAAACACAUUCUUUAUUAUAAUUUUUUUUUUCACAUUUUAGAAUAAUAGUAAAGUCAUCAAAACUGUGGAAUAACAUAAAUGGAACUCUGGGAAUUAUGUUCUGACUAAACAAAAUCCAAAAUAAAUCAAAACUGUGUUAUAUUUUAGCAUCUUCAUAGUAGUCACACUUUGCCUAGAAUUUGCAGACAUGUACUCUUGACAUUUUCUCAACCAACUUCUUGAGGUAUCACCCUGGGAUGCUUUUUAAACAGUAUUGAAGGAGUUCCCAUCUAUGUUGGCCACUUAUUGGCUGCUUUAAUUUAUUAUUUGGUCCAAGUAAUCAAUUUAAAAAAAAAAAUUUUUUUUUAUUAAAUUUGAGUUUUAUAAUGAAAUAAAUUAAUAUUGUGGCACAAUUAUAUUUUUGUCUACAAAACUAAUUUCAAACAUUUAAACAUACGCCUUCAGAUCAGAAUAUUUUUAAGAUCAUGAGAAAUGUUUCAGUCAAGUGUUUCAAAACUUUUUACCGGUAUUGUAUAUAUAAAACCAACUCUUUACUGUGUGUAAGAGAUAGUUUCACUUCUACUUUGUUUUCUGAAUUAAGAACAGAGGGAAAGUACAUUUAAAAGGCACAGUUACUCUAGACACAACAGAGCUGAGUGAAAAAGGAUUUUGUGGUACCAUUUUGUAAGAUAUGAUCUUGCAUGUUAAUAGCACUUGACAUAAAGUAUUUAGUCUUUGAUAAUGAAAUUUUUAUUUUUUAUUUUAGUUCUCUGCCCUUCUGGUCUCACGCAGUACAUUUCUUAGCAUCCUCGUUUUUUCCCUCUGAUGUUGUAAUGCUUAUCAUUUAGCUCAUAUUUCAAUGAAAACUAUAGCUUAGUGAAUAUUUGAACAUUAUGUUGUAAAUAACAUGGCUGCCAGUGAAAUGCUUAAUAUUUAAGUUAUUAAUGUUCUGACAUAUUCAUGUUUAUUGUCUGUCUUUUUAAAAAACAAAGCUUACGAUCAAAUUUGCAGUUCACUGUUGUAUGUCUAUAAUUUGAUUAAUAAUGUUUACUAUUGAAGUUUAAUAGAGGCUUACGGUUUUAUUAUGUCAUACAGUAUUCACUAAUGGUUGUUGUGUUUACUAACUGGACUAAUAUAUAUUUAUAAAAAAAUCUAAAUGCAUAUGAAAUGUGCAAAAAUUGGGAAAUAAUUGCUUUGUAAAGCAUUUCUUAAUAAAGACAGUGUGUCUUUAACGUGCAAUGUCUUAACAAA